GGGUGAUAUAGUUAAAGAUAUAUUAAUUUAUCAGUGUUUUGUAUCAAUCGAGGUUACCUGCAACUACGGACUACCUUUAAAAACGUCAUUUGCCGAAUAGACUCGGAAGUUUCGGAGCCCUGUCCAAUCAAGGAACCAACUAUGUCAUCGAGAGUAUCUCCACUCCAUGCCGACCCGGGGGCGUAUUCAAACGCUUAACCUAAGGAAGUGCCCACUUAGGAAGCUAUUACCUUCCCGUACCUUCAGUUCAAUAUUUAUCCGGCUUUAAAAAUGGCCAGUGAUUCAGCGCCGGCGUCCCUUCCCCCGGAGGCUAUCGAGUUCGCAGGGCGCAUGUACAACGCCGCACGCGCCGGAGAGAUUGAGAUAUUUCAACAGGCCUUACCAGCCGGUCUCCCUCCUAAUUUGACUAACGAAAAGGGGGAUUCACUUCUUAUGCUGGCGGCUUAUCAUGGACACGCCGACCUCGUCAAACUUCUUAUUCAACAUGGAGCUGAUCCGAAUCGUAUUAAUGAUAGGGGUCAAAGCCCCUUAGCCGGCGCCGUUUUUAAGAAGGAGGAUAAUGUGAUCGAGGCGCUAUUGGAAGGCGGUGCUGACCCAGAGCAUGGUUCGCCGUCUGCACUUGCCUGUCUAGCCAUGUUUCAACAGGAGGGUCAGUGGGGAGACAAGUUUACAUCGGCUCCGGGGAGGGGGAAAGCUGGAAAGCCCGCAUCAGGAUAGACUGUAUCACAUCCCCCAUGAGCUUCUAGUUUUAAGACAGAUCUCGGUAUAUUCGUCAGUUACUACCUAUAUAGUGAUAAGUUACGAGACGAAUAGGUUACAAUUCGAGAAAAAGCCCAGUACAUAUAGGGUAAAUCAAAGAUAGCGGCGCCCCAACUAUGGCUAUUUAUCUCUCAGUGGUCUCUACGACGACGACGAUAAUAAUAAAUAUAUUUACAUCUGUA